GAAAUGUGGGAGGAAACCGGAGCACCCAGAGAAAACCACGCAAGUACGGGGAGAACGUGCAAACAUCACACAGAAAGUUCGAACCCAGAAUCUCUUACCUGUGAGGCAGACGUGCUAACCACGAGUCCACCAAUGAUAGCAAUCAUGAUCAUAUGUGAAAGCUGUUACAGAGCAGUUCUACUGUAUGUUACACAGAAUUUGUGGGUGCACUGAGUCAUAUCAGGGCAAUAAGGGUACAAUAUUGUUUUCUUUUUUGGGUGAAGGAUUUUAAUGGUUGCUAUUUAAGACACUCUCUCCUCCAUUUUCCCCUUCUACUCUCUCUAACUCUCACCCUUGAUGCUUUCUCUGCCAGGUAGAGGAACAAUGAGGUCUUUCUUACCUGUCGCAGAGUGUACAUUCCAUUUGUACUCAACAAAGUCGCAAUCCCACCCCUGCUCAAAGAAGUCUUCUUCCAAAUCCAGGUGUUCCACCUCAUACAGCUACCUUUCAUUUGGGAGGAUUUAAAAGGACAAUUCUUCAGUCGGAUUUGCUUUUUGUUGUUGUUUUGUUGUCAUCAGAUCAAUAGGAUGCAAAUUGCUCACAUAUUUGGAGGGGAUUUGUACCACUCUCUUGAGUGCUGAGUGACUGAAUCAUUGACAUGGUUCCUGCCAGACUGCUGGUUUGUGGUUUAUCAUGUGGGCAAAGGGGAAAUUUGGAGGUUGGGGUGCAAGUGUGCUAUUAAGGAUACAAGAACCACUUUAGAGGAACAUUGCCUUUGAGUGCACAGAGCCAUCCCAUUUAUGCUGGUGGCUCAGUGUAUCGCUGAGCAGGCAGACAGACAGACAGACAGACAGUUGGGAUAGGAAACACCGCCUUGAGGAGUCUGCAGUUUUGUGCGAGGCAAGAAAGGUUGGCGAUUAUCAUCUGAAAUGUUCACCAUGUGGAGAUACACAUGUAGAGAAUACUGCUCAGGUUGAAAUGCUGCAACGCGAGCGUGUCCUAAAUGUGUUCAACAGCAAGCUACGUGAUUCCAACAAGGAGAACCUGGGAGGUAUUAGCAUGCACCUCAAACAGGUUGUGUGGGGAAGUGCCUGCUAAUAUACUCAGCAGUAGAUCUCAUGGAGCCCAGCACUCAGACAUGGACGCAGCCUGGCAGGAACUGAUGGCCAUAACAGAGCUGCAGGGCUUAGAGACUUCUGGUGAAAGCGCCUACGAAACAACACAAUACCAAAGCAUUCAGCCGAUGGUUUCUAUGGGCGCAUAUGCGGCUGCCCACUGCCACCACGAGCCUGCUCCUGCUGCCUUUGAGGUGGGCAUGACAGAUUCAUAUGAUGGAGGAUACUCUGAGGAAGCUGCAGUCUGUCAUCACCCAAGCACCAACGGAGAGGCACUCUAUGAGCACUCUGGACCACAACUCAACCAGAGAAUGCUGCCCCUCUCCUCUCAAUCUCACCUUUCGCUUGGGACUCUCACAGGACAAAUGAGCUCAUCAUCAGGUAAUAGUCAAGGGGACAGAAGGCCAAACAGCAGUCUUCCCCGGGCUCAGCACAUGAUGUGGACAGCACAUAGCCAAAGUUCAUUUGUUCAUUCAGGUGACGAUCUAGAGUCAGACUCUGGUCUCUCCCUGGGCUCCAGUCCACCUUUGGCCUCACCAGAAAAUUGUGUUGCUGGGGCACCGGGAUGCAAGACUGUGGACAUGCCCAUUACAUACAGUGAUGGGGACCGAGAAAGGACAGCUGAACACAGUGGAAGAGCGCAUAACUACCAGACAGAUUAUCAGAGUCAGUCUGAUUCAUAUCGGCACACCGGUGCGCAACCAUCUUAUUUCACAGACCAACACCACUUAAACCAUUCACAGUUCAACGCACUGAACCUUCGGGUAGCCAAACAGCUGGGUGAACUUUACAGCUCCGAGUUGCCCAGCAGAGGGAGCUGGCAACAAAUCAUGCAUACAAAGCCUCAAGGAAGUGUCCAUACACCAGCGUGCAGGGAUGAGAGGCGGGCCAUUGCGCUGAAGAUCCCCUUCCCAAUGGAAAAGAUCAUCAAUCUGCCAGUGGACGACUUCAACGAGCUCCUGACACAAUACACCCUGACCGAUGCCCAACUGGCACUGAUUAAAGACAUCAGGCGUCGGGGCAAGAACAAGGUGGCAGCUCAGAACUGCCGCAAGCGCAAACUAGAUAGCAUAAUUCAUCUUGAACGAGACCUGGGUCAGCUGCAGGCUCAGAGAGACAGCCUGGUACAAGAGAAAUUAGAGUUCCAGCGCAGCUUGACGUACAUCAAGUGCCACCUCACUGAACUCUAUGCAGAGGUGUUCUCUCACCUCAGAGAUGAAACUGGACAACCAUAUUCAAUAGAUGAGUACUACUUACAACAGAUGGCAGAUGGGGAAACUUAUUUAGUGCCUCACACAAUUUUGCACAACAAAGAAUUCUGAAAUGUGGACAGGCCUACGGAAUUGCUUAUAGUCACAUUAUUGUGUCCGUCCGCUACAAUGCUUUUCCAUUUAGAUUUUAUUGUGCAAGUAAAAACACAACAUCGGUUUAUAAAAAUAAAC